GUUCAGUUUUCACUUUCUCUUCCCCCACCCCCAUUCGUGAGGCCUUGGGGUUUUACUUCCGGUUGACAACGCCAUCCCUGAGAAAGUCGACAUGUUUCCUCAGGCCGCGGGCUUCUCGGGAUGGGUUCCUUUCUGUGACCCUCUGGGGGAGGUACGGCGCUUGGCUGACUAGCGCGGCGGGGCUUGCGAGCUCCGAGUCUGGACACCCGGCCCGUGUCCCCCCCACCUGCGCCUCAGGGCCGCCCUCCUCACGCAGCUGGCACAAGGGCGGAGAGGAAGGACGUGUUGCGACGUGGAGGGUCCUGCGUGCCUCUGACGAGCCUGUGCAAAGUGGGGCCGAGGGCGCCCAUUGGAAAUCCGGGAGGAGGAGAGUCCCGAAAAGCGACUUGAGGGCUCCCUAGCCGGGAACCGGAGGCAGAGAAGGCCGCUUAUUAACAAGGUCCAAAAACAACUCGCAUAUUUGGCCCCGAGGGACCGACGAAAAGGAAGCGCAUGUGUUGGAGGAGCGCACAACAUAUAAAAGCAUGAGGAAGAAAUUGAAUAAUAAUCCCAAAUUCUCGGAGGCGGCGACAGCACAAAGGACAGUUUUUGAAACAGUAUCCUUGAGUUCAGACUCUCUCUUCCAGAGGGCAGUUUCAAUUCUCCAUACUUCUUAUUUGGACUCUGCAUCUGAGCAUGGUUUUCAGUACAGUCAAGUGACUUUGGUGAAAAAUGACAUUUUCUUAAAUGAGUACAAAAUUUUUUACCAAGAGAAAAAAGCAAGUAACUAUACUCAGGAAGAACUUCAAGAAACUUACGGGUUUCUCCUGUUUGAAACUGAAAAUCAGGCAAGGUUGGUAUGUCAGCGUGGACUCUGUAUUGGCAGCAGUGCUAUUACCACUCUGGGUGACCCAGCAAAAGGUGUGUACAUUUCCAGAUACUCAGACUAUCUUCAUACAAGACCAUGGUAUCAUGGGAAGUCUGGUUAUAUUGUAAUUUUUAAUCUAAUUAAGGGAAAAAUCAAGUUUGUGUCUGAGAAUUACACAACUAACUAUACUAGCCCAUCUUCUGGCUAUGACUGCCACGUGGCUGCAAAUACUAACAAGGUUUCUCACAAGACAAGUCAUUUUCGCGCCUUUGAACUGAGUCAGUAUUACCUCUAUGAACUUUCAGGCAGCACUGUUAUUGAGCGACCUAGACAGAUCCAUCCUUAUGUAAUUGUAGCUUUUCAGUACAGGGAACCUAAAAAGAUGGCAGCACCAGCUCAAAAAAGCAUACUUGAACUCAGUGAAAAUGUUCUCAUCUCCCCGUGGAAAGGGAAAUUAAUUAUUCAAGGCUGUCUGCUGUGUGAUAUAAUUCUUCGGUCCUCUUAUGGUACAGUAGUUCCAAAACAACUACCACAUGAACUAGAUUUUAAGUAUGUAAUGAAAGUGUCAUCUUUGAAAAAAAGCCUACCAGAAGCUGCCUUUAGAAAACAGAAUUACUUGGAGCAAAAAGUCUGUUGUCAAGAUAUGUGCUUCAGUAUGUAUGAAGUGGAACUGUCAAACAAACAAGGGGAAAAAAUAGUUAAACUAACAGAAUUCAUUAAAAACAAGCAAUUGGCACUCAUCAACUGUUUAGAAGAUCGGGACGUUUUCAUUUUACUUACAUCAUCAGCCUUAAUAUCAGAAACAAAUUUUGGAUAUGAGCAAACAGGUCUACAUGGGUUACAUUUAUCCCAUUCAUCCCUGUCAACAGGGCUGACAGACUUGACAGUUGAAGAUAACAUCUCAUUGAAGGUGAUGCCUAUUUUACCUGCCCUUAACUGUGCCCUUCUAGAAGCGAAGAAAUCAUUUACUGAAGAAGGAAUCUGUCCAAACAUAUUAGUAAAGCGUAGUUUCCAGGAAUUUUACAAGAUGGAUAGAAAUCCUUCAUUUACUGCUGCUUCUCAGGAUGGAAUGAAAGAGACUGCAUUCUUUGGCAAACUGUCCAGUGAUUUUGACUUGGUUCCUGCAGCUGAAAAGUGCCCUGUACAAUCUUUAACUCAGUUGAAGUCUUACUUUUCAGACCCUAAUGGGUACAGUUUGGAAGUAUCUACUGCAUUAGAUAUACUGGCAGAGCGUCCACAGUCUCCUUGUAUUUCAGAUGGAAUUUGUGAUGCUGGAUUUUCCUUAGUUAUGACUCCAGAUCCUGAAUUUCUUGACUCAGAGGCAGAAGUAAGAAAAGAAACCAAAACAGAAAAGAAUUCUGAAAAAAUGUUUAAAGCAAGAAAGAGAACUGUGGUUCCUUUAAACCCGGCAUCAAAUGUGAGAGUUCAGCCGAAGAGAAAGGCAAGCAUGCUGCCUGUGGUGCCGAGUAAAAGGGUGAACUUGUGCAAUCCUGUCCCCAAAACAACUCCUGUUGGAGUAGACAAGGGUUCAGCCUCUCAGGCCACCCUCAAAUUAGUUAAAGGACAAUUUCCACAGAAAAGAAAAAGAGGUGCUGAAAUGCUGACCACACAGUUUAUACAGACAACCAAAUUGGAUAGGAAAAACCAAGAAGCUCCUAUUUCUAAAGAUGUUCCAGUUGCCACGAGUGCUGAAAGGGCAAGAAAACAAAAGAGAUCGGCCGUCAAAACUGUUCCAAGAGCUAAGCCACCUGUGAAGAAGUCACCACGAAAACGGAGGGUGUAUGUAGCGAAAGGCAAUAAGAAUCCCAGAAUCAGAAAGCCGCCACAACCUGCCCAAGGAGAAACCACUUCACAGCUUCAAUCAGAAAUUUCAUCGGAUGAGCAAGUAGAUGUUCUUAACAUAAAUACAGUUCAACCAGAAAAGAUUACAGUGGCUCAGAAAGAUCCUGCUGAGAACUCCAUUGUCAACUGUGACUCCCAGGCCUUAAAUCUGUUAGCUGAUCUAGCAUUAAGCGCUGCUUCCUCUACCACACCGUCCCCUGAGCCCAGAAACCUUCCCUACUCUUCUGAAUUACCACAAAACGAUGUUUUGCUUUCUCAAGAAUAUUCCCUGAGCAGUGCAUCUGACCAUGAAUAUCAUAGAGGAUCUAAAAGUCAAAAAGGUGGACUGUUACCUGAGCCUUCCUCUGAGAAAAGUAAUUUGACAUCAGACUCCACUGUCAGCCAAGAGAAGGAGAGCUUGGCUCCUGGCAGUCAGGCCCCUGUGCAAGCUCAGUCGGCACUUCCUGAGGAAACACUAGAGACCAGCGGUGCAAGCCAGAGCUCUUUUGUUGCUGUGGAGCAUUCGUAUGCCCUGCUUCUUGCAGAGCAUUCAAAGAAGCUUCUACAGCAGAGAGGGGUACCAGGCCCUGCUUUUGCCAAGAAUGGCACAAAAGGCCCAGACGCAGGAACCCCAGUGGGAAAAGUAAUGCCAUUUCGGCAUCAGCAGAACACCUCCCCUUUGCAGAAGCUUUCUGAGGUCCCGCUACUCAGGCGUAAGAGCAGGUUGCUCUCCCCUAGCCUGAGAGACUCUUACUGCUCUCAUACCGUGUUCAGCUGUGACGGCUCCUUUAAGGUCACUAUCAAAUGUGAGACAAACUAUGUAUUCAGCUUAGACAGCAAAUAUACCAACAACCCACUGGAGAAAACUGUACUAAGAGCAUUACAUGGACCCUGGAACACUGAUUUACCUGAUAACUUGGAAGAAGUGAAGCUUUUACUUCAUAUGUGGAUAGCCCUGUUUUACAGUAAUCAAAGCAAAGUCAUACGAUCAUCCCGGAAAGUGGUAGAACACAGCAACCCUGCCAAAUACGUGUCUCUAAAUCGCAGGGUAGAAUCUUUUGAAUUCAGUGAAAUUGAGGAGCCACCCAGCGUGGAAAUGUGUUCUGUAGGCCCUUUGCUGGAGACAAAGGAAGCUCCCAGAGGUCCGAGUGCUGAAGUGUCCUUCCCUGACACUCACUCCUUGCUGCCUUUCAUUAAACCACAACCUGCAAGAGGUUUGGAACUCUGGGUACAGAAUGAACAGAAAGAAAUUUUUGCAAGAGAGGGUUAUCCAGUUAACCCAGAAAGCAAGAAUUUCAUCUACUCCUGUAAUAAUGAGAUAAUUGUGGGAAAAGAACAAGAAUCAUCAGAUAAACUAGAGACUUCUAAUCUUGUGCUUUCUAGUAUUAGAAGUACCCAAACUAAUGGACCUUGUAUUCCUGGUAAAGAGAAAACCUUUGAGCCACUUGAUAGUACAAGAAUGACUUCUUACGAUCAACAAUCCACAACCAUUGAUGAGAUCAGCAAUCAGUCGGUGAUUUGUCAGAAAUCUGUGUAUAGCACCCUUCACAGCAAAGUUGAUACUUUUCAUGCAACAGCGCAAGCAAAAACAAAGGGUUUACAGGGCCUUAGCCAGCAUAACAGCCCCAUAAACAAAGAAAGUCAGCCUUCAUUGGAAAGGAAGGAUGAUAUGGGGUAUGUAAUGAUUAAUCUGGAACCGGUUACUCUCACUUUUGAAAAAAAUGCCUGUGUACCAUUACAGACAGAAGUUGUAAACAAAGCUGAUAAACCUACAACCUUUAAUGCGGAGUUGAUUAAACAGGUAUCACCUGGUACAAGCCUUAGAAAUCCUGUGUCCACAUUUGAAAAGGCACAAACACAAGGUCUUAAGGACAUUUCAUCUCUAGCAGUGUCAGGACAAAAAGGCACUAAGUACCUCUGUGCCUCCUCAGUAAGUGGGGAGACACUUGGUAACGAAAUGUGUUCGUUACAGGAGGAGAUUUCUGUUCCAGGCUCGAUGUCUCCAUCUGUGAAUUCAGUGGCAAAGGCGGCAUUACCAUUAGUUACAAGUUCUAAUUAUUCACUAUCCAGAAAAGAGAUGAAAAUCUCUCAGGAAUUUUUUCUGCAGCCUGAGACUCUCUUUAGCAUUCCUUCAGAAGAGAUCAUGGAGCCAUCGCAAGCUGAAGAAGUGGUGUCAUCGUCAGCCUCUGCCACCUUGGAACAAAAUGACUUACUUAACUGUACUCCAUCAAUAAGUAAUACAUCAGAUUGCUCUUUAGAAUUAAAGAGUGACAAGAGCAGUCUAAAGAGUGACAAUAGGAAUUUUGAAUCAUUUAAUUCAGCAUUUACCAAACCAACCAGCCAAUCUAUAAAUGGAGAGAUCAGCCUAGAGUUAGAGGAAGAUUCCGACAUUGACCUAACUCUCACGAUAUCACCACCUACAAGUCCCAGAGAAGAAAUACCUGCUGGUGAAAUAGAGCAACAUCAGGAGGCCCCAUUAUCAAAUUUGGCACUCCAGGAUAUGGAUGAAGAUAUAAUUGACCCAGAAGAGGUGACUUUGGUAGAAAACAGAGAAGUAAAUUCUGUUAAAUAUACGUCAGUGCUUCCCGCAGUGUCUGAGAAACCAUUAGACAAUAAGGAGAGGAAAGCUGAUAACUUACAAAUGGUUACUUUAAUACUUCCUAAAGAAACUUGCACCCUUGAGAUUGCAGAAGUUAAUGUUCCCUCAAACUUUCCCUUUGGUUCUUUAAUUGAAGAAGUGUCACCAGCUUCUAGUCCUGACCCUCAAGUACCAGUUGAAGAAACACAAUCAUCUCAGUCUGUGUCUCCAUGCAGUUUAAAACUUCCUAAUACACAAUGUGAGAAAAGUAACAAAUUCUCCCAGAUUGGGUCAGAUUUGGCCAUAACAGAAAAAGAAAAUUCUUUGGUUGGCCCUACCCAUUCAGUGGGGGAUAAUACCUUAACUCAGGUUCAGCAAAUGAAACUUUCUGCUGAAGUGCCUCUAGUAUUAAAUAAUCAUCCAGGAAGAAAAGAUAGACAUUUAACCUUUCCAGGUAAAGUAACUGAGGAAACUCGCCCAAACGAGAAUAAUGAGAGUUUCUCUUUCUCAGAAAAGGUGCCAUGCUGGGAUACAGAGUUAAACCAUCCUGCUGUAACUGCCAGUUAUGAAGCUGACUUCAAGACUUCUGUAGAAAAACUGGUAACAUCAGGAAAUCCGUUGCAGCCAAUUAGUAUAGAGAACAGAAAUUUGAACUUAAAACAUCUUGCCUUGGAGACUAGUGAGUCUCGAUUUAGUCCUAGAGAGAUUAUGGAAAAUAAGUCUUCAGUUGACACGUUUGUUUCCCCAACUGCACAUGGUACAGUGAACUUGCCAUUAAAACAGCAGACUAGUCCUAAAAGCAUUAAGAAAAGUCUCUCUAGCAGUGAGUUGAAAACAAAUGAAAGUAGUUCCCUGCAAGCUCAGUCCUUGAGCUCUGAUUUGGUUGAUGGAGCUGGUGUUACACAAGCACUCAUGUACUCAGAGGUCCCCAAACUUGCUUUUUCCUCGGGUAGUGGUACUGUGACCCAUUGUGCAAGACCUGUAAACACAGAGACACGGUUUCAAACACAGGAAAUACCAGUAGUCAGAAUGGCCAGUUUGCUUAAGAAUAGUGAAACUGAAGCUGGGUUACAUGAAAAAACCAUAGAUCUAGGAAGUGUGGGCUCUCAGUUAAACACUACAUCUCCACGAGGCAAACAAAAACCCAUCCACAGGCUGCAAGAUAUCUCGGCAUGUGACUCAAAGGAUCUGUUGAACGGCGGGCUUUCCCCCAUGUAUUUCCAUGCUGAUUCUCACCAGAACACCAAAGUCACUAAUGAAAAUACCAACAAAGACCCUUCUGCUUUCAUUGUUGCCAAAUUGUGCAACCCUUUGGUUUGUGGAGUCCCUCAAGAGCAGAUGGGAAAGAAGAACACAGGUGAGGGGCUCAGGGCCGAGGAGGACUCUGAAACCCUAGGUGGGAACAUGGAUAUCAGUGUGAAUUCUAACAUCUGUUAUGAACCACUUUCCGGAGACUCUGAUCAAGACACUCUUGGUGAUUGUAGAAAUCUUAAAUUAGACAUGGAGGGUUCCUGCACUUUGCGAUGUAGUCACACCAAGAAAAGGGAAGGUGCUACACAAGAUUAUGACUCUUUCUUGGGGCUAAACAAUAGUGAUAAUGAAGAUUGGAGCUGCUCUAAUCAAGUUACAGGGCUGGAGACCAGCAAACCUCCCAGAAACUGGUCCGGUGGGUUAAAGAGAGAAGAUUGUGUGCCAUGUUACAUCCAAAUCAGAGAUUGCCAUGGUCUCCCCAGGACUUACACUAACUUUACUGUAACUAAAGAGCUCAAACAGACCAGUCAAACUUCACACAGCCUCAGGAAGCACCCCAGUGUGACUGCAAAAUGUGGCUUGGUCAGCUCCUGGACAGACACUUGGCAGGUGGCAGGCAACCUUACCCAGAACACUUUAGAUCUGGAAUGUUUGCGUUUUGAACAUAAACUGAGACAAAUUGUAAAGAAGGGGGGUUCUCAGCAUUCCGCCUCUUCCACCAGUGAGUCUCUGAAGGAGUCUCCUCUCCCUUUGACAAAAGCAGCCGAGUCCUCAAUUCUGUGCCCUGCACCCCGGAGAAGUCCCCUUGUGGUCACAGUCAUGCACUCAGACACCAGACAGUGGAGUCAGCACCUGACAGGCCACACGCCGAACAAUUUGGACAGUUCUUCCCUUUGGAAGGAAAGAUGUGAUCACAGUAGAAAUCAUCUUACAAAUUCUGAAAGAAAUCAGACUGCUUCAUUCCACCUCAACAAACUAAAAUAUAAUAGCACUUUGAAAGAAUCCCGGAGUGAUAUUUCACUUAUUCUCAAUGAAGAUGCUGAAUUCAACAAGGUGAUGAUGAAUAGCAACCAAGUUCUUUUCCAAGAUAAGGGGUCAGAUGUUGCUUCUGGAGAAGCUGCAUCUCAAGAGAUGUAUUCAUCUUCCCCAAAGACACCCUCCUAUGAAGACAUGAUUACAGACUUCUGUACCAGCUUGCACGUCAAACUGAAAAGUGUUGUGACAGAGGCUUGCAAAAGUACCUUCCUGUUCUACCUCGUUGAGACAGAAGACAAAUCUUUCUUUGUGAGAACAAAGAAUAUUCUGAGGAAAGGAGGCCAUACUGAAAUUGAACCUCAGCAUUUCUGUGAAGCUUUUCAGAGAGAGAACGACACACUAAUGGUCAUCAUCAGAAAUGAAGAUAUCUCCUCAUAUUUGCAUCAAAUUCCUUCUUUGCUGAAGCUGAAGCACUUUCCCAGUGUCACCUUCGCUGGAGUGGACAGCCCUGAGGAUGUUCUCAAUUACACCUACCAAGAGUUGUUCCGGACAGGAGGCUUUGUGGUGUCAGAUGACAGAAUAUUAGAAACGUUAACGUUAGUUCAACUGAAGGAAAUUGUCAAAACCCUGGAGAAACUAAAUGGAAAUGGAAGGUGGAAGUGGUUGCUUCACUAUAAGGAAAAUAAAAAGCUAAAAGAAGAUGUAAGAGUGGAUUCAAUUGCACAUAAGAAGGACUUAAUAUUGAAGUCAUAUCAGAGUGCAAAUAUCAUUGAAUUGCUUUAUUACCACCAGUGUGACUCUCGCUCAUCAACAAAAGCAGAACAUUUGAAAUGUUUGCUAAAUCUGCAAAUUCAGCAUAUCCACACCAGGUUUGCUGUCUUCCUAACGGAAAAGCCUACUCUCUUCAGAGAAGUCUUUGAAAAUAGUGGCAUCCUUGUUACAGAUGUAAACAACUUUAUUGGAAAUAUACAAAAAGUAGCAGCUCCAUUUAGGAGUAGCUAUUGGUAAGAACACUUUCUGUAACUCCCAUGUCAGCUGGAAUUAAAGAAGAUACUGACUGACAUUCUCGUCUAUGAGGGACCCAGUUCCAAAGCUGUAAAUUGAAAAUAUCUGUUUAGGGGCGGAUGUUGUGAAGUUUCACUGAUCAAACUGCCAGCCUCCUUUCAAUAUCCAUUGUAUCUAAAUAUGCGUUUUCACCUGCACUUCAUCCUGCUCUUCAAGACAAAAGGUUACACAUGUAUAACAGUUUUCCGUUUACCCUAUUUAUAAUUUUUGGUUAUUCUGUUGUAAAAAUGGAAUUAUCAAUUUUACAUGGUUCAACUACAGCUUGCCUAGACAUUGAUGCCAACAAAUUUGUAUUUUCCCUUUUCUUGAAAAACUUUGAUUUUUUUUUUUUAAAUGAGAACUUGUGUAUCAAAGUUCUACAACUUGGGAGAAAGUGUUCCUUUCACUUUUUUUAUGUUUUGUUAAAAUGCCUGACUUCGUCACAGGUGACAACAUUAGUUGUCCAGUAACUUUCGGUUGCAGUGUUAAAUAUUACUUUGUUUUAAAUUAUUUUCAUUUUAAACAAUGUCUUCAAAGGUAUUAAUUGAACUAAAGGCAUAGGAGAUGCAUGUUAGAGUGUUUUUAAAGGUUUUACCACCUUUAUAAAAAAUGUAACCUUAUUUGAUGUUAUUCAUGCAACACUACAUAAAGUGAAACUUUUUCCCUAAAUGGUACAAAUUGAUACUGAAACAGUACACUACAAAACCAACUCUGAGGCAGUAAUAAUUGCUUAUUUAUGGUAUUACACUAGAAACAAUUUCUACAGUUAUCUGUAAAACUCAAAACCAAGCAAAGACAUUUGUAAGAUCCAUACUAUCUAUUUGGAACAAAGGUUUUUAUAAUGUUUCAGUUUUAAAUAAAAACUAAAAAAAACCAA